UCUUGCAAAAUCGCCUACUUUUUAUUAAUGUAAAUUUAUAAUUGUGGUUUUGAAUUUUCUGACUGCUCCAUUUACACAAGUUAUGCCACCGAAUGCCUCUCCAGAAAGUCGGGUGCCGACAAAGGCAUUUUGUAAUUUUGCCUAUGAAAUGUCGAUAGGGUGGAUAAUUUAUGGCAUUUUUAGUAGUUUGUUGUUGUUGUUGUUUUAAUUUGUUUGUUCAAUACUAUCUUGCUUAUUUAUUAACUUUUGUCAUUACAGAAAAAAAUAAUAAUAACAGAACACAUAUAAUAAUGAGCAAGAAGAAAACAACAAAGAAUGAAGAAAUUGAGACUACUGAAGACAUCGACCCUGAAAUCAAUGAGAAGUUUAAAACGCACCCAGAUGGAGGGUGGGGAUGGUGUAUUGUUAUUGCAGCAUUUUUGACACAGUUUGUUGUAGUGGGUCUGCAAAAUUCGUCUGGUGUAAUAUUUAACGAGCUCGUUGAGAAAUUUAACAGACCAAGGGGGGAAACAGGUUUCGUAAGUUCAAUAUCCUGUGGUAUGAUGUUUCUGCUCGGACCUGUCACAACUGGUUUAUGUCAAAAAUUUAGCUGCCGCAUAAUAUCCGUUCUUGGUGGCUUCCUAUGCAUGCUAGGAAUGUUUGCAUCAGCAUAUGCUAGCUCCUUGAGAAUAAUGUAUGUCACCUUUGGUUUUACAUGGGGACUUGGAACUUCAUUCUGUUAUUUCCCAACAUUAAUCAUUUUGGUUCCGUAUUUUGACAAAAGACUAGCACUAGUAAACGGUAUUGUUUCCUCGGGCAGCGGAAUUGGUACGCUAAUACUUAGUCCUUUUAUCCAAUGGUUCGCGCGCAGUUAUGGUGUUCAAAACAUGUUUUUCAUGCUUGCAGCUUUGCAUGGUAUCGUCUUUGUUGCUGGAUUUGUUUAUUUACCAAUCAGCGAUACGUAUAAGGAAAGACAAGGUAUUAAAAUUAAAAAACCUCCAUCAGACAAGGAAUCUAAGAAUGUAAGGCAAGACACUCAGGAGACGUUGGUUAGUUUAGACAGUGGAACUCAGUUAAAUAGACCACUGUUAUCUGUGGAUGAAUCCUUGGAGAGAGCAGAAGCAGAGAGAGAGGAAGAAAGGGGAUGUGUUAACUCGGCAACCUUCAAUGUUGUGCUGUCUUUAUAUCAUGAUAAAGCAUUCAUAGCUUGGUGUCUUGGUUUAUCAGUGUUCAUGUUGGGUUACUUUGUACCCUUUGUCCAUUUGGUACGUUAUGCUACUUUGAUCGGAAUACCUGAAGUGAAAGCUGCAUUUUUAAUUAGUACAUUAUCAAUCGUAGCUACCAUUUUUAAAGUGUUAAGUGGAAAAGUUGCCGGCUUAAAAAAUGUAGACACAUUCAAAUUAUACCAAAUGGGUUUAUUGACUAUGGGUGUGGCUACAACUCUAAUUCCUGUCUCACAUUCUUACGUUGGACUUGUAAUAUAUGCUGUUGUGUUUGGGAUAAGCGAGUCGUGCUUCAUUGUUAUGAUUCCAAUAUUAACAAAGGAGAUAGUCGGUGUAAGGCGUUUACCAUUAGCACUUGGAUGUGUGUUUAUGAUCAUGGGCGUUCCUACUGUUGUGGGCGCUCCUAUAGCUGGUUGGAUCUACGAUGCAUUUGGAGAUUAUUCAUACGCGUUCUAUGUAGCGGGCAGCAUGAAUACUUUGGGAGUUCUCAUCAUGUUCUUUGUUGUUCUUUUCCGCGAGAAAAAUGAAAUUACAGCCAUUGAAAAAACUAUUAUAAAGGAAGAUACAAAACCACGACCAACGUCACAAGUAAUAGAAUUUACCUGUUACGCAUCCAGUGACAGGAUAUUUUAUUCUCAAAUGGAUCUAUUGGAUGUUGACAAUACGAUAAAGCAUAACAACACGAGGUUUAGGGCUAGUAAUACUAGUAUAAAUCAAAAUGGACGAAUACCCAACGUAUACGGUUCUACGUUGUCGCCACAAAGUGCAAUUAGCAGACCAGAGUCCCCGUCCAUUAUUGCUCAAAAACACAAUUCUGGUGAAAGCAAUAGAAAAGAGCAAAGUCCGCUUAAACUUUUGGCGCAACUUUUGCAUAACAACAGAAGAAAAUCACAAUAUUCAACUGAUGAACUCAGCUCAUUGAGUUCUACAGAUAGCAAUUUCUACUUCGUUGACUCUGUUGUGACGUCACUAUAGAAAUAAUAAAUUUUAAUAAAAUAUUGUUCAUAUUUAUUUGUAUAUAAAAUCCGCAUGUAUAUAUUAUUUUUCUAGUUUUAUUUCUUUACUUUUUACUUUUUUCAAUACACAUUUAUUUUUUACAUAAAAAAACGGUUGAUAAGGAUUUAGGCCUCAAAUUUAACCAUGGUAACUUGGUUGGUACCUUUAAAACUGCACUAUAUAGUUUGCUUCAGUGAAAAUCUUGUGUAUGUUGAAUUUAAUGCUAAUGAACGCGAUCCAAUGAUAGAACUGUUUUACUAAAGUAUUAUGCAAACAUCUAGGCAAAUUGAGGCCCUUUUCCUUAGCAACUUCAGGUCAGACAAAAAUAGUAUUGCUCGUAUAUAAAAAUUAAUAUCAUGUCACAAAUCUGUUUUAUUUAAUAACAAGCAAACAAUUUAUUAAAGAUAUCAUAGAUACACAUACGAAAGUUAUACGUGAAGCUGUUGUUAAUUUGAUUUUAAAUUGUACAAUUAGCAUUAGCAGUCGCAAAUUCAGGAACGAAAUUUAACAAAUUAAGCAUGCAAUAGCUGAUAAAACUUAAUUUGCUUGAGGUAUUUAUUACAAUUUGAUUACUGGUUAAUCACAAACGUUUUCGAAAUUAAUAAGAUAUGAACUAUUUUGAUCUCGACGUCAGUAGAAAAUGAAUUUGAUGACACAAGACCUUCUUGAUUUUUAACGUUUUUAAAGAGAAAGACUUCACGGCGUGUAACAUUUUUUUAUUACUCUGUAGAAUUUAAAAAAGUCAAGCCGAUUUGCAUAUUUAAUAUUGUGUUUUGGAAAACACUAAUUAAACCAGGGAAACUUUUUUAUAGUCUGUGAUUGGAGAAACAUCUGAUAACGGCAACACGUUUUUUCCUGGAUUCCGUUUUUUGUAUCCAUCUUUUACAAUUAUACUUAUGUGGUAGGUUACCUGCAUAACCAGCCAAGAAUAUGUAUUUAUUUUUCUUAUACAAGAAAAAAUUAUUCCGGAUUUUAAUUAUUAAGCUUUGCUAUCGAUUUUUAUUUAUUAUAUUUUUUGUUGUUAAUGUAUAUAUUCAAUUUUGUAAAUAUUUGUCAAUACGAAUUUUAGUUAAGAUUUUUUUUAUAUUUAAUAACAAAUAUAUAACAUGACUUCGUU